AUGCCUGUGGAAGACUACUGUUCUCUUCCAAGUGUUGCAACUGAUCAAUUCAAAUUUCUUUUGAGCAAGCUCAUAGUGAUUAAACUCAAUGGCGGAUUAGGUACAAGUAUGGGCUGUGUGGGUCCUAAAAGUCUCAUACAGGUCCGCAAUGAUGCAACCUUUUUGGAUCUUACUGUGCAGCAAAUCGAGCAAUUAAAUCAGAAGUACGGUACUGAUGUUCCAUUAGUUCUAAUGAACUCCUAUAACACAAAUUCUGAGACUGCUCGUAUAAAGCACAAAUAUGAGAGAAGAGUCAACCUUUAUGUGUUUGAUCAAAGCUAUUAUCCACGUAUCAAUCAGGAGACUUUGAGACCUAUACCAGAAAAACCUGACUAUAAGGAUGGAGAGUGGUAUCCUCCUGGUCAUGGUGAUAUAUAUAUUUCAUUGAAGAGAAGUGGACUCUUAGAUCAGUUUGUGAAGGAAGGAAAGGAAUUGAUGUUUGUGUCUAACAUUGACAAUUUGGGAGCAACAGUUGAUUUAUCUAUACUCAGUCAUUUUGUGAGCAACAGGUGUGAGUUUGUAAUGGAAGUUACAGACAAGACCCGUUCAGAUGUUAAAGGUGGAACUCUGAUACAGUAUGAAGAUAAGGUUCAACUCUUAGAAAUUGCACAAGUUCCUAAAGAUAAAGUUGAUGAAUUUAAGUCUAUUUCUAAGUUUAGAGUUUUCAAUACAAAUAACUUAUGGAUUAGUCUUUCUGCUGUUGACAGACUUUUGUCUACAAAUGGCAUGACUAUGGAUAUAAUUGUGAACAAGAAGUGCGCUAGUGCUAGGCCAAUGGUCAGUAUCACUGCUUCACAGCUAGGUUUUACUCUCAAGGAGAUGCAAAAUGAAGCUUGCUACUUGCUGUUUUUGUUGCUUUAACAUCUUUAGCAGCAC